AGAAACAUAAAGAGAAUGCUGAGAAAACAAAAACACCAAAUAAUAAACUAUUCAUAAAUAAUGCAACAGAGAGGACAGAGAAAUUGCAAAUUUAUUCCGAGGAUAAUAAGAGAGGUUCAUUUGAAGAGAGUGAAAUUAUUAAUAA